AUGAAGUUGUGGCCUUUCAAGGUCAUUCCUUGUGCCGGGCGAAACAAGCCAAUGGUUGUGGUGAACUACAAGGGUGAAGAGAAGCAGUUUGGUGCUGAGGAGAUAUCAGCUAUGGUUCUCACAAAGAUGCGGCAAACAGCAGAGGCUUACCUUGGCUCAACUGUAAAGAAUGCUGUUAUCACCGUCCCGGCAUACUUCAGUGACUCUCAACGCCAGGCCACAAAGGCUGCCGGUGUGAUUGCUGGCAUGAAUUUUAUGCGUAUCAUUAACGAGCCAACUGCCGCAGCCAUUGCCUACGGUCUUAACAAGAAAGCCUCAAGUGCUGCCGAGGGUACUUUUGAGGUCAAAGCUACUUCUGGAGACACCCACCUAGGAGGUGAAGAUUUUGACAACAGAAUGAUGAGCCAUUUUGUGGAGGAGUUGAAGAUCAAACACAAAAAGGACAUGAGCAAUGACCCCAGAGCAUUGAGGAGAUUGAGGACAUGUUGUGAGAGAGAGAAGAGGACUCUUUCUUGCACAACUACUCAAACGACCACCAUUGAGAUUGACUCUCUAUUUGAGGGCAUUGACUUUUGCUCCACAAUAACCAGAGAAAGAUUUGAGGAGCUCAACAUGGACCUCUUCACAAAGUGCAUGGACAUUGUGGACAAGUGUUUGAUGGAUGCUAAGGUGGAGGACAAGAGCACUGUCCAUGAUGUUGUUCUUGUUGGAGGUUCUACUAGAAUUCCCAAGGUACAACAGCUAUUGCAGGACUUGUUUGAUGGCAAGGAGCUUUGCAAGAGCAUCAAUCCUGAUGAAGCAGUUGCAUAUGGCGCCGCGGUACAAGCUGCCAUUUUGGGCGAUCAGAACCGCCUGGACUUAGUCUUGCAUGAUGUUGCCCCAAUUUCCCUUGGAUUUUAUAGUAUGCAAGGAGUUAUGGAUGUCUUUAUUCCGAGAAACACUAGAAUUCCCACCAGCAAGGAACUGAUUGUGUCAACCUUCAUGGAUAACCAACCUUGCGUGUAUACUCAGGUAUUUGAGGGUGAAAAUCCAAGGCCCUUAAGAAACAACGUGUUGGGUAAAUUUGGGAUCUCAGGCAUCCGUCCUGCUCCCCAGCGGGUGCCUCAGGUCACCAUCUGCUACGAUAUCGACGCCGACGGAAUUUUCACUGUCCAUGCGGUUGCUGAGGACAAAACCACUGGGCGGAAGAACAUACUCACAGUCAACAAUUAUGAGAGAUUAUCCCAGGAGGAAAUUGAGAAUAUUGCUGCGGAUAAGGAGUAUAGGAAAGUAUAUAAGGCUAGCGGUUAUGAAGAGCUCGAUCGAAUAGUACUCUCUCUUUAG